AUGACGACCCCACCUAUAGUGAUACUAGACAAUGGGGCGUAUAAUAUAAAAGCUGGUGUAAGUGGUGUGGAUUGGGAACCUAGAAUAUAUCCAAACUCGAUAGCCCGUUCGAGGACCGAGAAGAAAGUGUAUGUCAGUGAUGAAGUAGAUAGUUGUCGUGAUCUGUCGGGAAUAGUCUAUAGAAGGCCAUUUGAGCGGGGGAUGUUGGUUAAUUGGGAUGCGGAGAAAAUCAUUUGGGAUAGGAUAUUUUCUCCCCAAGGCUUGAAUAUCAAUCCCUCAGAAUCUAGUCUACUAGUGACUGAACCGUACUUCAACCUACCGAAUAUAGCAGAAACAUACGAUCAGAUGGUAUUUGAAGAAUGGGAAUUCCAGAGUUAUUUUAGGUGUACUCCUGCUGCACUGAUACCGUAUGGAGGACUAUUCGAGGACGAUACAGGCAUCCCACCUGAAUGUAUGAUCGUCGUGGAUGUAGGAUAUUCUUUCACUCAUGUGAUACCGCUAAGAGAUGGUCAGAUAGUUUGGAAACAUGUCAAAAGGAUCGACGUAGGAGGUAAACUUCUGACGAAUCACUUAAAGCACCUCAUAUCAUUUAGACAGUGGAAUAUGAUCGAUCAGACACAUGUGGUGAAUGAUGUGAGGGAACAGUGUGGGUAUGUCAGUAUGGAUUGGAAGAAGGAUCUGGAGUUGUGCAAACAAAAUCUUAAGAAAAAUCCAAUAGUACAAGAAUACGUCUUACCCGAUUUCUCUUCUCGAUCAACUUCCCGUACGGGGUAUAUACGCUCUGGACCAAAUGCCAAUCCUCCGAAUGAUACACAAGAUAAACAAGUCAAUGGACAUAGUAGGAAAGUGGAAGAAGACGAAGAACAGAUACUGGUCAUGGGGAAUGAAAGGUUCGCUGGACCGGAAUUGUUAUUCAACCCUUCUGAUAUCGGCCUGAAGCAAUCGGGGUUACCUGAAACUAUCGCAUAUGUCAUAUCAAUGAUGCCCGAAGAAGUCAGAGGGAUGUAUUGGGCUCAUAUUGGUAUCUUUGGUGGUCUAGGGAACAUAGAGGCGUUGGGUGAAAGAUUAGAAAGGGAUCUACAAGCGCUAUGUCCUGUCGAUUACGAGAUAGGAAUAUAUGAAGCGUUUGAUCCCGCUUCUCCACCAUACGUAGCAGCCACAACCCUCACCACCUCCGAGAUAUACCUAUCCACCUACCCAAUCACCCGAGCAGAAUAUCUAGAACAUGGAUCAUCGAUAUGCCGACGUAGGUUUGGUGGUCCAGCAUAUAAUGUGAAUCCACCUGGAUUCACGAGCGGUGAGGUCUCAGGGGAGAUUGAUGAUGAUGAGAGGGAGAGGAGGUAUGCGAUGGGAUUGGAGAGUAUAAAGGGGAGAGGAGGGAAGAAGAGGAAGGAGGAAGAGGAGGUGAUCAGUGGGAAUUGGGGCGGGAGGAGGAGAAGAGCAGCUGCUUCAUAG